GACACAAACCUAUGUCAUGUAUAAGAAUCCGUUCCAGUUGUCUGCGUGUUAAAAUCGUUAUGGAGAUGGAGUUUGACUAGCCUUUAAAACAAAGUUGCUGGUCGGAUCUAAGCAUUCUUUUGAAAUUUCUACUUUGCUCUUGAACUUUUAAAACGUCUCCUUUAUCUUAAUCAAAAUGAGAGAAUGCAUCUCGAUUCAUCUCGGACAAGCCGGUGUCCAGAUCGGUAAUGCCUGCUGGGAACUUUACUGCCUGGAACAUGGUAUCCAGCCUGAUGGCCAGAUGCCUUCUGACAAAACCAUUGGAGGUGGUGACGAUUCAUUCAACACCUUCUUCAGCGAGACUGGAGCUGGCAAGCACGUUCCCCGUGCCGUCUUCCUUGACUUGGAACCCACUGUUGUUGAUGAAGUAAGGACUGGAACCUACAGACAGCUCUUCCACCCCGAACAGCUCAUCACCGGAAAGGAGGAUGCUGCCAACAACUACGCUCGUGGUCACUACACCGUCGGCAAGGAGAUUGUUGACCUUUGUCUGGACAGAGUCAGGAAAUUGGCUGAUCAGUGCACUGGUCUUCAAGGAUUCCUCGUCUUCCACUCCUUCGGUGGAGGUACCGGAUCUGGAUUCACCUCUCUUCUCCUGGAGAGACUGAGCGUGGACUACGGAAAGAAGAGCAAGCUUGAGUUCGCCAUCUACCCCUCACCUCAGGUCUCUACCGCUAUUGUUGAGCCCUACAACUCCGUCCUGACCACCCACACCACCCUCGAGCACUCCGACUGUGCCUUCAUGGUCGACAAUGAAGCCAUCUACGACAUCUGCCGACGAAACCUGGACAUUGAGAGGCCAACCUACACCAACCUGAACAGACUGAUUGGACAGAUCGUCUCCUCCAUCACCGCUUCUCUCCGAUUUGACGGUGCUCUGAACGUUGAUCUGACAGAGUUCCAGACUAACUUGGUGCCAUACCCCAGGAUUCACUUCCCUCUGGUAACCUAUGCUCCAGUUAUCUCAGCUGAGAAGGCUUAUCACGAGCAGCUCUCAGUUGCUGAGAUCACCAACGCUUGUUUCGAGCCUGCCAACCAGAUGGUGAAAUGCGACCCCAGACACGGAAAAUACAUGUCUUGCUGUAUGUUGUACCGAGGAGAUGUUGUCCCCAAGGACGUCAACGCAUCCAUUGCCACCAUCAAGACCAAGAGAACCAUCCAGUUUGUUGACUGGUGUCCCACUGGAUUCAAGGUUGGCAUCAACUACCAGCCACCAACAGUUGUUCCCGGAGGUGAUCUCGCCAAGGUACAGAGGGCUGUGUGCAUGUUGUCCAACACCACCGCCAUCGCUGAGGCCUGGGCUCGUCUUGACCACAAGUUCGAUCUUAUGUACGCCAAGAGAGCCUUCGUCCAUUGGUACGUAGGAGAAGGUAUGGAAGAGGGAGAGUUCUCUGAGGCUAGGGAGGAUCUGGCUGCUCUGGAGAAGGACUACGAAGAGGUUGGAGUUGACUCCGUUGACGGUGAAGGCGAAGAAGAAGGUGAAGAGUACUAAGAACUUCUGAGCCACUAUUUCUAUAGCUUUUUUAAAUCGUAGUAUGAGUAAAAUUGUUAUGAAUUAAAUAUAUGGUUGAUUCGAAUUAAGAAAUGUUAUUCGAAA